CGUCACUGCCGAUUUUUCUAUUUAGUGCAUUCGUUUCAGUACGUACCUACUGCCGUACGGCGCUAAGGCCCUGAAUUGCUUAGACUGUUAGAACUUAAAAGGCUCCGAACGAUCUCCUUCACUGCGAUGCUACCUAAAAAAGGGUCAGUGCUCUAAACGGCGCUCCACCUAUCCACGCGCUGCUUCCAUCAUUUGGACGCGACAAGCAGAUUUUAAGAAGGCGCGUUUAAGGUAGCCUAGUUGCUACUUCUAUCGCAUAACUCUCAUUGCUCCAUUAAUUAUUCCAUUAUUCGCUUUUAUUCGCUUUUAUUCGCGGGUAAUCGCUAGUGAUCACCAAACUUUCCCAUCCACUUGCUAUCAACUUCGCAACUUGAAAAUCUGACGCUCUACACCUUGUCGCUGAUACAACCUACGUCGAUAUUACUUCUACCUUAAGCUUGUCUGACAAGAUGGAAGACGAGUGGACGGUCGACGCCAAUGAGGCGCUCAACAUCUCGCUUGUGCGACCUACAUCAUCGGGACUCGACACGGUCGCAUCAUUCAACCCGAAGUUCACAUAUCCCAUAUUUGGCGACGAUGAGCGAAUAUUCGGUCACAAAGGCCUAAAGGUCAACCUCCAAUACGAUGCUAGGGACUUGCGACCAAACCUAUCCGUAUCCUCGUCCCGAAAGUUUACUGCGGUGGGUGAUAUCGAGCCGCUCGACGUUAGAGCUACGUUAAAGGAAUUCCUGCCUGGGGUUGCUUUCCAAUCCAAGAAAGAAUACGACCAAGCUUUGAAGUCCCUCCCUGACACAUGGGCCCCUCCCGGAACACUACUUAAGACCUUUAACAAGGAUGGAGCAACCUAUGAAAUCUGGCAUGGGACUCUAGACGAUCCCGCCGUAUUCCAACUAGUGAGACGAAUCCAAAUCACCGUCCUAUUCUUCAUCGAAGGUGGAUCCUAUAUCGUGGAAGAUGAGCCGGAUAAAUCCUCGCCCCGAUGGUCUGUUUUCUUCGUUUAUAGGAGGGAACUUGAUUCCGAGGCCAACUCCAAGCCUCAGUACACAUUCCAAGGCUAUGCGACAACCUACAAGUUUUGGAUGUAUCAACAGCCCACUCCACCAGCCUCUCCAAUACUUUCAUAUGGUGGCGCGAGAUUAACAGGCAAGGAGGCGGAUGAUUCAUGGAAUCUCCCCGAUGAAGAUGAUCCUAACUACGAAAUGGUUCAUCGUAUGAGGAUUUCGCAAUUUAUUAUACUUCCUUCAUUCCAAGGGAAAGGCAUAGGCGCUUUUCUGUACAACACCAUAUUUGAGGCUGCGACUAGGUCUCAAGCGACGAAAGAAGUGACGGUUGAGGACCCCAACGAAGAUUUCGAUCUCUUACGUGACUUAUGCGACCUGAAAUAUAUGCGUAAAAACGUCCCUGAAUUCUUAGAUUUACAGGUCAACACCGAUGUAGCUAUCCCUCAGAAGGGUGGGUUGUUACAUCACGGCACACAGAUCUCCCCUACUGAAGCGGAUGUGUCAAGUGAGGGAAUAGUUGAUAUCAUCAAACUCGAGGAUCUCCGAAUCAAGAAUAAAAUCGCACCUCGUCAAUUUUGGCGACUUAUUGAGAUGCAUCUCAUGUCAAAGUUACCUGAAUCUGUCCGUCCCCAAUCAGAUGCCGAUGCCAAGAAACCGACGGCAUCGAAAGCCGAUAAACAUGCUUAUACGCUCUGGCGUUUACUUCUCAAGCAGCGAUUGUAUCGCCGCAACAAGUCGGUUCUCGGCGAAUUCGAGAUCACAGAACGAAUUCUUAAGCUAAACGAAACCCUAAACAAUGUUGAGUGGGAAUAUGCUCGAAUCCUCGAUCGCGUUGAAUCAAAGCCUGUAGUUACCCUUGAUGUUGUGGUGGCUAACGGCAAGAGAAAAUUGGAUGGUGAUAAUCACUCCGAGGGCUCGACGUCCAAGAAGGCCCGGGUUGAGGAAGAAGAUGUAUAAGUAAUCAGGGAAGGUAUAGGAAUAGGUUGAGCAUGCGUCGGGGUAUUUAGGAGGAUACCGGCUGUUAGUGUGGUCAAUGGAGUUCCGGUAGUUAUCAUGAUACCUUUGCUGCAUUCUCAUUAAAAUGGGGAGCUUUUACGGUCCACGCAUGAGGGAGGUGUGGGAAGACACCCUGUGACCGAUCACAGCAGACCAUCAAUCCACGAGUAAAAGAUAUUUGUAUUGUACGGAUUCAAGAAAUGCGGAUAACGGAAUGGACA